GAGCUUGGAAGGAAGCAGCGCUGACGUUCCAGGUUUGGGGGAAUUAAAAGGGCUGUAAAACACAGCUCCCUGGGAGGGCAGAGUCAUCCCGAAGGGCUUCAGGCCCUGGGGGAAAACCCCAGCAGUAUCCUGACCCCAUCACCCCGAGGGUUCCCCGGUUUCCUGCUGAUUUCCCGUGCCAGUGCUCCCUACAUCUCCCUCUACCCGGUACCUGCGGCAGUUUGGGGUCGUUGAUGUCCCAGGAAGAAGAAAGUGAAAAACAGAAUAAAGAAAUGGAUGACAACAUAGCAGCUAGAGCAGAAGACUAUCUCGAGUCGCUUCUCACUGAUGCUUUCAAGGGGAAGGGACUUCAGAAAAUAAGUGAUCUGCUUCAAGAGAGACAAGUUGAGCCUCUCCAGAAAUACAGUGAGUCUCUCCUUGUCCAGCUGGACAAAGCACUGCGAAAGGAGCUGGAGAAGAAUGAAUUCCACAACGUCUCCCUGCUGCUGAAGUGUGUGCAGCUCUACUUGAAAACAGAUCUUCAACAGGGGACAAGUUUGUUCAUCGAGCAAGGACUGGCGGACAAGCUGGUAUCUUGGUUUGAAAGAACAAGAGGGUUUGUGAUCCUCAUUGAUCCAAAUGAAAAUAAUUUUUUGAUGGCACUUCUUGAAGACUUCUUUGACUCUGCAUUGGUGAUAUGCAUGUGCAGUAAUGAAGAGAUCAGCUCACUGCUAGUAGUAACCUUGCAAGCUCUUUUAAUAGGGAAAAAACAACUGGUGAACUUAUUUCUGCCAGAGCUAGGGCAUCUUGUGACAGAAGCAAGCGUUUGCUGCACUCUGCGGCUGGAGGCAUUGAGGACUCUCAACUCUAUACUAGACAGCGUCUCAUAUGAGGAGAGGAAGAAAUUCCCCUUGUCUGAAGAGAUGUGCUCCCUUAUGAAUGACCUUGCAAAAACGAUACUGGAGGCUGGUGAUUAUGACCUUCAGGUUGCGCUUUCAGAAGCACUUUGUAGGCUAAUGACAAAAAAAUGGAGAGAUGACCUUGUUCACCACUGGUUUGAAGAUAACUAUCUUGCUGAAGCUUUCAAAGAGAUCAGGGACAGAGAAUUUGAGACGGACUGCAGGAAAUUUCUUAACCAGCUAAAUGAAAGACUUGGGGGUGACAGAAGAGUCUAUUCAUUUCCUUGCAUAUCUGCUUUUGCUGACAUGAAACAGGUGAAGAAGCCGUCAGAUGAAAAGCUGGAGGAGUUCUGGAUUGACUUCAACCCUGGCAGCCAGAGUGUAACUUUUUACAUUGACAGUGCCGAGGGUGCUCUCUGGGACUCCGUGAGGCUGUCGAAAGACGCAGUCAGCAGUUACAGUCUGAAGGAGGAUGGUGGAGAAAAGAUUGUUAAAAUUUACAUGAAGAUUCCUGCUACUCUUAACAAGACAGAAGCAACAAAAAUCAAAAUAUGUUUCAGUGCUGAGUACAAAAUUUUAAAUAUACUUAAAAAAGUCUUUGGAGAAGAAAAAAUGAUGACAAAUGUGGCUGAAGAGGACACUAUCCAUAGUGGGAAGAAAGCUGGUCAGACUGAAGCAGUGACACCUCAAUCCAGUGAUCCACAGAAGAGGAAAGAUCCUUCAGUCUCUGAAAAUGCGGGCUCCCUGACAGAAAACUUAUUUUCUCAACACAACCAGCCAUUAGCAGGCAGUGUAGCAGUCUCUAAACAGAAAAUGGCUAACUCUGGUAUCACCAUGGUUUCAGUGGGCCAGCACACUGACAUGGACGAUGCUCACCAAGGCUCAGCUCCUGAGGGUGAAGCUGUAGUUUCCUUGCCUCCUUCAGCAAAGAAGUCCAAAACUCCAUCUCCAAGAACAAAAGCUAAACCUAGUGAGAAGCCCCUAGAAGAAUCACCCAUGGAGGAGUCAACAUCAAAGGAAGAUACCUGGGAAAGGAGAAAGGGAAAAAAAGGCUUGGCCAAACAGAUGACUGAAAGCAGGAAGGACUCCUAUGACUUUGAAAGCUCAGACUCUGCAAGCCGUGAAAAGGUUGCUGAAGCCAAAGGAAAACUUUUUGGCCAGAAAACUUCUUCACAGAAUUUGAGUUACAGGAAGCAUCUUUUUUCUGGAAGCAACCAUGAAAAAACAAGCAACAGUCAGAGUGAAAAAAGCUGGAUCCUUGACUCUCAGAAACAGCCAUUGCCAAAGUCUCUUGACUAUACCCGAAAAAGGCGUAGGGUGAGGAGCAAAUUAAAAGUACUUCCAGUGUCUUCCGCAAGUAGUGGCAGUGACUACCAACUACCAGGUACAGGAGCUAGAAGAAAGUCAAAGAGAUUGAAAGGAAAUACCAAAGCAAAAAAGCACAUCCACCUCCAAUGGAGAUGACUUACCUAUAAUGGAUCUUGCUGGUGACAUGUUCUCGGAGGAGCUUGAAGCGGCACCACUGACCCUGGAUACAUCUGCUGAGAGCCGCUCCAAUGUGGAGGAGAAGGCAACACAGGUGC